GAAAGAGUCAGAGAGGAAAAGGAGAAAUGUAGAAGAAGCCUGAAGGGAAUGGUGACAAGCCCUACCACCAACAGAAGGGAAGAUUAUCCAUUUGAGAGAGAGAAGAUACACAAGGUAUCUUAGAUGGACAUGAAACGACUAACUCAGCAACAAUCUGUCUUUAUUCAUUUUUUGAUGAGUGGAACUUGUUGAAUAUAUUAGUCACAGACUAGAAAGCAGCUGUCCUUCCGAACAAGGUGGUGCUCAUAGCAUAUCAUUUUGGGACUGUGUGUCACAGCAAGACUAUGCUUUGUCGCUUCACUGUCACUUGCUGAAUACAGUUCUUUGACAGUUCUCAUCCCUUUAUUACACAAGUCCCUGACACAGGAUUCUUUGCACCCAUGCUUGCUGCUGUUCCUUGCACUUCCAGGUUCUGCCGAUGAUUUGUGCAGUUCAUCUGGAGGGUGGGGACUCGUUCUGGGGAUGAAGAUACGUGAAGGGUGACAACUGUUUACUUUUCAUAAAGCCCUAAAAAAGGAAAGUCACUGAUCUCCAGUUGUGACUCAAUCUGUUGGAGGCUGAGGAUGGAUGACAAGAUGCCUGUUGACCAUGAGGACCCUCCUACCAUGGAUGAGUGGUCAGCUGCAGACCAGCCAACUGCCUGCGAUCCUGGAGCUACUUUACAGCCUAUGAUGAGGGAGAACGAGAAGUACCAUGCCACUACAGACUCUGAGAAAGGCAUACACAUUAUCAACAUCAAGGCUAUCGAAGACAUCGGCUACAUCCAACCUGACACGCUGCUACUGAACUCUCUGGGAGUGGAUCAGGACUCUGCCUGUAAACAUGGGCUGUGCUUCGGAGAUGGUCAGAGGAAAGUGGAUUAUAUUUUGGCAUACACCUAUAAGAAGUCUUCCGGUAACCGAACUCCAAGUAAAAAGUCCCACCAUAACAACUCUGUGCACUCUUCCCGGGGGUCUAGAAAUAGCCACCACCUUCCUGGUGGAGGUCCUGACGUAGAAACUGCAGAAUCGGAACCCAGGAUAGAUUAUCAUGAAGAUGACAAGAGAUUCCGCAGGGAGGAAUUUGAAGGAAACCUGAUGGAGACCGGUCUGGAGCUAGAGAAAGAUGAAGGGACGAAGAUGCAUGGUGUGGGAUUUGUGAAAAUCCACGCUCCCUGGAAUGUUCUGUGCAGAGAAGCUGAGUUUAUGAAACUUAAGAUGCCUACCAAGAAGAUUUAUCACAUAAGUCAAAAACAAGGUCUGAUGCACAAAAUCAACAAUGUCCUUCAGAAAAUAACUGAACCUAUUCAGCCCAAAGUGGCUAGCCAUCGACCGCAGACAAUCAAGCAUCUCUCCUAUCCUUUCUCCAGAGAAAAGCAGCACAUGUUCGAUAUGUCUGACAAAGACUCGUUUUUUGACAGCAAAACAAGAAGUUCAAUUGUGUAUGAAAUCUUGAAGCGAACAACCUGUACAAAAGCCAAAUAUAGCAUGGGUAUUACCAGCCUACUUGCUAAUGGCGUGUACAGUGCUGCAUAUCCUCAGCAUGAUGGGGAUUUUGAGGAUGAUUGUGAACCCAAUGACCGGAAGCUGCUAUGUGAUGAGUGGGCCAGUUAUGGAGUAUUCUACAAAUAUCAGCCCAUUGACCUGGUCAGGAAAUAUUUUGGAGAGAAGAUUGCCCUUUAUUUUGCCUGGCUGGGAGUAUACACCCAAAUGCUUAUUCCAGCAUCCAUUGUCGGUAUCAUCGUGUUCCUCUAUGGCUGUGCAACUGUAGACCAGGACAUCCCAAGCUUAGAAAUGUGUGACCAACGAAAUAACAUCACCAUGUGCCCCCUAUGUGACAAGACAUGUAACUACUGGAAGAUCAGCUCUGCCUGCGCUACAGCUCGAGCCAGCCAUCUCUUCGACAACCCAGCUACUGUCUUCUUCUCAGUCUUCAUGGCCUUGUGGGCUGCAACAUUCAUGGAGCACUGGAAGAGAAGACAAAUGCGACUGAACUAUCGAUGGGAUCUCACAAGUUUUGAAGAAGAACAAGGCAUGGUCAAGGACCAUCCAAGGGCAGAGUAUGAGGCUAAAGUCCUUCAGAAGUCGCUCAAAAAGGAGUACAGACGCAAAGAGAAGCAUCAGCCUGUUCCUGAGGACAACACAAACAAAUGGAGGCAGAGAGUUAAGACUGCCAUGGCUGGGGUGAAAUUGACCGAAAAGGAGAAGCUGACAUGGAGGGACAGAACUCCGGCCUAUUUUACAAACUUUGUUGGUAUUAUUUUUAUGAUCGGUAUGACCUUCGCUAUUGUGUUUGGUGUCAUUGUGUAUCGGGUCUCUACUGCCGCAGCAUUAGCAAUGAGCUCCAACCCUUCCGCACGUUCUAAUGUCCGGGUAACAGUUACAGCAACAGCGGUUAUCAUUAAUCUGGUGGUGAUUCUGAUCCUCGAUGAGGUGUAUGGUUGUAUAGCACGGUGGCUCACUCAGAUUGAGGUCCCGAAAACUGACAAGACUUUUGAAGAACGGCUGAUAUUCAAGGCUUUCCUGCUGAAGUUUGUCAAUGCUUAUACACCAAUCUUUUAUGUCGCCUUCUUCAAGGGUCGGUUUAUUGGACGACCAGGGGAUUAUGUGUACAUUUUUGGCUCAUUCAGAAUGGAAGAGUGUGCCCCCGGUGGUUGUUUAAUGGAGCUGUGCAUCCAGCUCAGUAUCAUCAUGCUUGGGAAACAGUUGAUUCAGAACAAUCUCUUUGAGAUAGGAAUUCCGAAGAUGAAGAAGCUGAUUAGGUACUUGAAAUCAAGACGACAGGAUCCUGAGGAGCAUGUGAAGAGGAAACAGCGUUAUGAGCUGGAUUAUGAUCUGGAACCUUUUGCAGGACUCACCCCAGAGUACAUGGAAAUGAUUAUCCAGUUUGGAUUUGUCACUCUGUUUGUUGCCUCCUUCCCAUUGGCUCCUCUGUUUGCCCUACUAAACAACAUAAUAGAAAUCCGUCUAGAUGCCAAGAAAUUUAUCACUGAACUUAGAAGGCCUGUGGCUGUCAGAGCAAAGGAUAUAGGUAUCUGGUAUAAUAUCAUACGAGGAAUCGGAAAGGUUGCGGUGAUAAUAAAUGCCUUUGUGAUAUCAUUCACCUCUGACUUCAUUCCACGCCUCGUGUACCUGUAUAUGUACAGUCCAGAUGGCACCAUGCAUGGCUUUCUGAACAACACUCUUGCCUACUUUAAUGUCAGUGACUUUAAACCUGGCACUGCGCCCAACAUUGAGCAGGAGCUGGAAUACUCAGUGGAAAUAUGCAGAUACAAAGAUUACAGGGAGGCCCCAUGGUCUGAGGAUAAAUAUGAUAUUACAAAGGAAUUUUGGGCUGUUCUGGCUGCAAGAUUGGCAUUUGUGAUUGUUUUCCAGAACUUGGUCAUGUUCAUGAGCGACUUUGUAGACUGGAUCAUCCCAGACAUUCCCAAAGACAUCAGCGAACAGAUUCACAGGGAGAAAGUCCUAAUGGUGGAGGUGUUUUUGAAAGAAGAGCAAGGUAAAUUACAAAUGCUAGAAACAUGGAAAGAACAAUGUGACCGGAAGAAAGAAGAGAACUGUAACAAUCAAAGCCCUAAGUUUUCCCGUAGUAACCGAGGGAGCACGGCAUCUGCUUAUUCUAAUCGUGUGGAUGUGUAAGAGGAAAAGCUGUUCGAAGGACACAGUGUUUGGGCAGUCAUUCCACUGACAGAAAUGUCAUCAAGAGAUGUGACUUUAGAGCCUCUGGAGAGCUCGUCUUUGUAGCCUGUGCUGGCUUCCAUGUUCUGUGGACAGAGGACCACGUUUUCAGAUCUAGAGCGAGAGGGACAACUCCUGUUUGGUGACUUGGAUAAUGCCGCUGCCAUCUGCAUGUUCUGUAGUAGCAAUAGAAUAGAAUUCAACUUUAUUAGAUAUCUCAUGCCUUCUGUUGGACAGUUUGAAACUUGUUUUUCUUUUUUAAAGAAGCUACACCCUGUGACUUUUUGGGAAAUCCUGCAAAACACCUGAAGCAAUAAUAUCAAACUACAACAAGGCCGCAAAGUUUAGCGAUGGACUAGAUGGCUAGAGGCAUGAUUUCAUGGAUCUUUGAGCAAUGAUGGACAGCUAUGUGCUGACAUUCCUAAUGCACAAUUUCACACGGAGCUUCCUACGCUUGGCAUCUUCCUUUAACGGCCAAUCCCGUAUCUGCAGGGUCUUUUUUUAUAUAUGUUUUUUUUUUAAGCAUCUAAACUACUCUGCCCCUCGAUUCUAUGAACAUGGACACUUUCUAAACUCAGCUCAGCUGCAGAAUUACCUCCAGCACUAAAGGGUUGAACUUGCAGAUGAAAUAUUUUUUUAGACACUACUAUGCAAUGUAAAGAUGCCCUUUUCUUUAUACAAACCUUUUAUACCUAUUUAUUGAUUCAGAGUUUAUAGUGAAGCCGAUCAAUUUCUAUUUUUGGCUAGAAUCCUGAGGAACAAACGUCCAAAUUCUAUCUCGACAUGCUAAGAAUUGUGGGUCGCCUUUCUGCUCGGUUUCCUGGGUUAAAUUUCAGAAGUAAUAACUACAAUGUUCAAAUUUC